GGACCAUUGGAAAAGUUUGUCCUCCAUUUGUCUGCCACGCCUACUAAGCCUGUCUAAGUCAACCUUAGAAAAGUUUGUCCUCCAUUAGUUUUAGGCAAAAACAGACUUAUACUCUAUUCAUGGCUCCUCUAACUCCAAGAUUAAUAGUUCCGAUAGACAUAAACAAGAAGCCAUGGGAGCAGGAAGUACCUCUUCAUAAUAGGUGGCACCCCAUGAUACCGCCGGUGGCAGAGGUCAAGACCGGUGAGAUAUUUAGAAUAGAAAUGGUGGACUGGACCGGAGGAGCCAUUAAAGAUGACAACGCUGCAGUUGAUGUAAAAAACUUAGAUCUAUCAACAGUGCAUUAUCUUAGUGGACCUAUUAGAGUUCUUGAUGUAGAUGGUAAUCCAGCCAAGCCUGGUGAUCUUCUUGCUGUUGAAAUUUGCAAUUUGGGGCCGCUACCUGGGGAUGAAUGGGGAUUUACAGCAAUAUUUGAUCGGGAGAAUGGAGGUGGAUUCCUCACUGACCACUUUCCUUGUGCAACCAAAGCCAUAUGGUAUUUUGAAGGAAUAUAUGCUUACUCUCCUCAUAUACCUGGUGUACGGUUUCCUGGUUUAACACACCCUGGUAUAGUUGGAACUGCACCUUCAAUGGAACUUCUUAACAUCUGGAAUGAGAGGGAAAGAGAAGUCGAAGAAACCGGACUUCAGUCUCUAAAAUUGUGUGAGGUUCUGCAUUCAAGGCCACUAGCAAACUUACCAUCAACAAAGGGAUGCUUUCUAGGCAAGAUUGAGGAAGGGGCUCCUGAAUGGGAAAGAAUUGCACGAGAGGCUGCAAGGACAAUUCCUGGAAGGGAGAACGGAGGAAAUUGUGACAUCAAAAAUCUCAGUAGAGGUUCCAAAGUAUACCUUCCAGUAUUUGUCGAUGGAGCAAACCUGAGCACUGGGGAUAUGCAUUUUUCACAAGGAGAUGGUGAAGUUGCAUUUUGUGGCGCAAUCGAGAUGAGUGGUUUUCUAGAACUCAAGUGUGAAAUCAUUAGGGAUGGUAUGAAAGAAUACCUCACUCCAAUGGGGCCAACUCCUCUACAUGUCAACCCCAUUUUUGAGAUAGGCCCUGUCGAGCCAAGAUUUUCAGAAUGGUUAGUAUUUGAGGGCAUUAGCGUUGAUGAGAGUGGGCGACAACACUUUCUUGAUGCUUCCGUUGCUUACAAGCGUGCAGUGCUAAAUGCUAUUGACUACUUGUCCAGAUUCGGAUACACUAAAGAACAGGUCUAUCUUCUACUCUCAUGCUGCCCCUGUGAAGGAAGGAUUUCAGGAAUAGUUGAUUCUCCCAAUGCUCUUGCCACUCUUGCAAUUCCAACUUCCAUCUUCGACCAGGAUAUUCGUCCAAAAAUCAACAAGGUGCCUAAAGGACCUCGUCUUGUGAGGAACCCUAAUAUCCCACAGUGUAGCUAUGAUGGAAAGUUGCCAACCACCAAAAAUCCCAGUGCUACGACAUGACUAUCAUCAAUUGACACAUGAAAAGCAGCACUACAACAUGAGUACUCGAGGAUAUUGGCAGAAACAAUAAAACACUUAUAGCAGGAGACGUUAAUAAUAUUAUUUUGAGAAGUAUUUUGAUAUUUCAUGUUUUUCAAUAGUCAAAUUGCUUGGCAUAAACUCCAUGACAAAUAUUUGAACAGGUUAUGCUAUAUGUAUAUUACAACUUAUUUGUUUACCAACAGA